CCGAUUUACGUUUGUGAACGUUCAGUAUAGGCAGCAAGCGUCAUUUCGUUUUUGUUACUUUAUUUAUAUCAUAUACUUUGAAUAUUAAUGUUUGUGGAUUAUUUAAUAACAUAACGUGCAGCCUUUAUACACAAAAAUAAUGGGGUCCUCUUCUAAGCACAAGAAAAAGGACAAAAAGAAACGACACUAUUCUAGUGAUUCGUCAGACGCAGAGUUGUCUUCAAAACACAAGAAAAAAAGACACCAAUCCAGUGAUUCGUCAGAUGCUGAGGUUUCCUCUAGACACAAAAAACACAAGAAACACCAUAAAAAAAAGGAAAAGUCCAAGGAUAAACAAAAAUAUCACAGUUCUGAUGAUGAUAUUAUUUUCGUACCUCCGCCACCAAAAAUAUCACGCGAUGAGGCUCGUACACCACCUCCUCCAAGCCUUACGCCACCACCACCUCCGACCAUCUCUUCGUCAUCAGACAGCCUUUCAAUCGAAGCAACCAACAAGCUCAGAGCCAAAUUGGGUCUCAAACCUUUACAGGUAGAUAAUAAAGAAACUACCAAAAGUAGAGACGAUGGACUAGAAGUGAUUGCAGGCGACGAAGGAGAAUUUGUUCAUAAACCAGCAAUGAGUAUAACAGAAAAAAAUCGCAUUAAUAAAGUCAAAGCGAGAAUAGCGGAAAAAAAAGAAAAACGGUUAAUUGAAAACAAAAUUUUAAAAGUAAAAAAAUUAGCCGAUAGUGAUUCUGAAGAAGAUACCAUUAGCUGGGUGAAGAAGACUAAAAGUAUUCAAGAAGAAAUGGAAAUGGCAAAGAAAAAGGCCCAAGAAUUGGAGGAAAUGGAUGAUGUUUUCGGAGUGGGUGAGCUAAUAGAAGAGAGCACUAAAAGUGAGAUGAAAAACUUCUAUUCCAGUAAGCAUUUGAAGGGACUGGAAGUUCAACAUUCAAUGGAUGAAUUUGUUGAAGGCAAAGAUGUUAUUCUAACUUUACAAGAUAAAGACGUAUUAGCCGAAGACCCUGAUGUGUUGGUGAACGUUAAUAUGGUCGACGAUGAAUCAUAUAAAUUAAAUAUCGAUAGGCGGAAGCAACGUCCAAAUUACAACGCUUACGAAGAGUUUGAAGAUAUGGACACAGACGCUCCACCUACUGUAGUUCUUGGAAAGUAUGAUGAGGAAAUUGAAGGCAUAAAGAAAAAGAGUUUCAAACUUGGUGUUGACGAAUAUAAAGCAAAACGAGAUACUAUCAAAGAGAAAUUAAAGAAGAAUUUAAAUAUGGAUUCUUUGGGUUCGACUCAGUUGAAACUUGCAUCGGAUUAUUACAACGAUAGUGAAAUGAGUGUUAAAUUUAAAAAAGUUAAGAAAAAGAAACUACGAAUAAAUCCAUUAAAUGCUGAUAAGUUAGAGAGAACAUUAAGACUUACUGGUAAAAAUGGCCGUAAGGAAGAUAACGAUGAACUUGAUGAAAUCGAUGACGUUUUAAACGGAGAAUUAAUGGAUACGAGUGACAUCAAGUUAGAAAAUGACGAAGAAGAUGAUAUGGGUUUGCAACUAGCAUUAAAAAAAGCAAGGAAAUUGAAACAGCUGGAAACAAUAGAAAAAAAACCUGACAUAAAAGACCUUAUAAUUAAAAAAGAAUACAACGAUACAGCACAAGGUGCGAUCACACUGAAUUCAACUGCCGAGUUUUGCAGAACCCUUGGUGAUAUUCCAACGUACGGUAAAGCGGGAAACAGAGAAGAAGAAGAAGCUGAAGCCUUAAUGGAUUAUGAAAAAAAUAAUGUGAAGCAAGAAUAUGAAGCAGAUUCUGACCACUCAAAUGAAGGAUGGAAAGAGGUCGAAAUAGAUAAAAAAGCAGUGGAUAUGAAAACGAUAGACAGCAAACCGAUUUUGGAACCAGAACCAGAUUUGGGUAAGGGUGUUGCUGGAGCUUUAAGAUUAGCAAUGAGUAAGGGUUAUAUAGAAAAAGAAGAGAGCGCUCGACCGUCGGCUUCACGUUUUGCUCAUCUGCAGGCUAAAAACUAUUCCAUAGAAGACAAAGCAUUUUUGGCCGAGGAUGAAAAAGCGAGUAGAAGAGAUCGGUACAGUGGACCUACUGUCGAGUUCCGCGAAAAAGAUGGAUAUAAGCCUAAUAUAAAAUUGGAUUACAUCGAUGACGACGGUCAUUUACUAAGUGAGAAGGAAGCAUUCCGGUAUUUAUCGCAUAAAUUUCACGGUAAAGGACCAGGUAAAAACAAAAUAGAAAAACGUAUAAAGAAAACUGAACAAGAAGCCCUUAUGAAGAAAAUGAGCUCAACAGAUACACCGCUUGGUACGUUGAACAUGCUACAGUCGAAACAAAAACAGACGCAAUCGCCUUACAUUGUUUUGAGUGGAACGAAAUCGACACAUCAAAGUCACGGAGGAUCAAUUUCAAAAACUAAACUCGGCUGAAAAUGACGUAUAUGCCUUUUAUAUGGGUCGACGACUGUUUACUAUAAUGACUAUACUUUAAAUCUUUUUAGUAUACAUUUACAAAUUAUUUCUAUCAACUGUUUGUAUUUAAGGUAUUAUUUGUAGUAAAUAAUGAUAAAGAUAAUAAUAAUAAUUACAACAAUAAUAAUGAAAUGCCGUAAUAUAAUAUGUAGUAGAGUAAUCCACUGUGGAACUUUUUUGUUGAGUUCAACAUACGUUACAAGUUAUAUACAUAACGUGUAAAAAAAAAAAAACACAAUGAAAUAUAAUAAA